CACAUCCCAGUGAAGGGUCCAAAGCUUAGUACGCUGUUAUUCACGGAAUUCUCAUAGAGAUUUGUCCCUUUGUGUAACAAGAUUUCAUUUGGAGAGAAGCGAUGGAGGAAGAGGAGCACGAGGUGUACGGCGGAGAAAUCCCCGACGAAGCAGAAAUGGAAGGCGAUUUGGAUCCUAACAGCGCCGACGUCGAUAUGUCAGCUGCCGACGAUGACGCUAUCAAGGAAUUGGAUGAGAUGAAGAAGCGAUUGAAGGAGAUGGAAGAGGAGGCGGCCGCGCUGCGUGAAAUGCAGGCGAAAGUUGAGAAGGAGAUGGGUGCUGUUCAAGAUCCUGCUAGUGCUGCUGCUCAGGCAAGCAGGGAGGAGGUUGAUUCACGGUCUAUUUUUGUUGGCAAUGUUGAUUAUGCAUGUACUCCUGAGGAAGUUCAGCAGCAUUUCCAGUCAUGUGGAACUGUGAACCGGGUAACUAUUUUGACUGAUAAGUUUGGGCAGCCUAAAGGUUUUGCAUAUGUGGAAUUUCUCGAGCAAGAAGCUAUUCAAGAGGCCCUCAAGCUGAACGAAUCUGAACUGCAUGGACGUCAAUUGAAGGUGACAGAAAAAAGAACCAAUGUUCCAGGAAUGAAACAGUAUCGUCCAAGGCGCUUCAAUCCUUAUUUAACGUAUAGAUACAGGAGGCCUUAUGUACCGCCUUAUUUCUAUUCUCCUUAUGGUUAUGGGAAGGUUCCAAGGUUUAGGCGACCAAUGCGCUACAUGCCUUAUCAAUGAAAACAAGAAUUCAGUUUCCCGAUUUGCAUUCAGAUGCAUCCUCCUCCAAUAAAGUACGUGAUUUCUCUAUCUACAUGGUCGAUGAACAUGAUCACAAAUUGCUAGCAAGAAAAGUAGCUGCUGAGACCUUGUAAUUUAUAAGCUAUUUCUAGUGUAAGUUUCUAUUUGCGAUGACUGGGGGAUAAUAUUUUCUUCUAUCAGAAUUACAUUUUUUUUAAGUAUCUGAAUUUCUGUUGUUUUAAUAACUAAACUAGCUUGUUUUGUAUUCGGUAUCGACAAUACAAUAAACACGAUUUAAAUCUACUUUUCUUGUC